AUGUUGGUUGCAUCAGAAUGCAUAAUAAAUGUGUGUCUACAUUUUGCUCUCCGUGUUGAAAGUCAGAACUGUGGAGGCUUAGUACAGGGACCAAAUGGUACUAUAGAAAGCCCUGGAUUUCCUCAUGGUUAUCCAAAUUAUGCCAACUGCACGUGGAUCGUUAUCACAGGAGAACGUAACAGGAUACAAUUGUCAUUUCAUACCUUUGCCCUCGAGGAAGAUUUUGAUAUUUUGUCAAUUUACGAUGGACAGCCACAGCAAGGCAACUUAAAAGUGAGGUUAUCUGGCUUUCAGCUUCCAUCAUCUAUUGUGAGCACAGGAUCUAUCCUCACCCUCUGUUUCACCACAGAUUUUGCUGUCAGUGCUCAAGGCUUCAAAGCUAUCUACGAAGUAUUACCUAGUCAUACUUGUGGCAACCCAGGAGAGAUACCUAAAGGAGUACUUCAUGGAACCAGAUUCAACAUUGGAGAUAAAAUCCGAUAUAGCUGUAUCUCUGGUUACAUCCUUGAAGGCCAUGCGAUGUUGACAUGUAUUGUGAGUCCUGGAAAUGGUGCAUCAUGGGAUUUUCCAGUUCCUUUUUGCAGAGCUGAAGGAGCUUGUGGAGGGACACUACGUGGGACAAGUGGAACUAUUUCAAGUCCUCACUUCCCUUCUGAGUAUGAAAAUAAUGCUGAUUGCACCUGGACCAUAUUGGCUGAACCAGGAGAUACUAUUGCUUUGGUCUUUACUGACUUCCAGUUAGAAGAAGGAUAUGACUUCUUAGAGAUCAGUGGAACAGAAGCACCAUCAAUAUGGUUGACUGGUAUGAAUCUACCUUCUCCUGUUAUCAGCAGUAAGAACUGGUUACGACUCCAUUUUACAUCUGACAGCAACCACCGACGAAAGGGAUUUAAUGCUCAGUUCCAAGUGAAAAAAGCAAUUGAACUGAAAUCAAGAGGAGUCAAGAUGUUGCCCAGCAAAGACAGUAACCACAAAAAUUCCGUCUUGACCCAGGGUGGGGAUGCAAUUGCAUCUGAUACAUGUCCUGAUCCUGGAAUUCCUGAAAAUGGGAAAAGGGUGGGCUCUGACUUCAGUCGGGUGGGUGCGAGUGUACAGUUUUCCUGUGAAGAUAAUUAUGUGCUGCAAGGUUCUAAGAGCAUCACCUGUCAGAGAGUGACAGAUACACUGGCUGCCUGGAGUGACCACAGGCCAAUUUGCAGAGCAAGAACAUGUGGCUCUAAUUUACGUGGACCAAGUGGGAUUAUUACAUCACCAAAUUAUCCAGUUCAAUAUGAAGACAACGCACACUGCGUGUGGGUCAUUACAACAACUGACCCAGAAAAGGUCAUAAAGCUUGCUUUUGAAGAGUUUGAACUGGAAAGAGGCUAUGAUACUCUCACUGUUGGAGAUGCUGGGAAAGUUGGUGAUACCAGAACAGUGUUGUAUGUACUCACUGGAUCUAGUGUUCCUGAUCUUAUUGUGAGCAUGAGCAACCAGAUGUGGCUUCAUUUACAAUCUGAUGACAGCAUUGGCUCACCAGGAUUCAAAGCCGUUUAUCAAGAAAUUGAGAAGGGAGGUUGUGGAGACCCUGGAAUUCCAUCAUAUGGAAAAAGGACUGGCAGCAGUUUUCUGCAUGGAGACACACUUACCUUUGAAUGUCAAGCAGCUUUUGAACUGGUGGGAGAGAGAACGAUUACAUGUCAACAAAACAACCAGUGGUCUGGCAACAAACCCAGCUGUGUUUUCUCGUGUUUCUUCAACUUCACCACACCGUCUGGAAUUAUUCUUUCUCCAAAUUAUCCUGAGGAGUAUGGGAACAAUAUGAACUGUGUUUGGUUAAUUAUCUCAGAGCCAGGAAGCAGAAUCCAUCUGAUUUUCAACGACUUUGAUGUAGAACCUCAAUUUGACUACCUUACAGUAAAAGAUGAUGGGAUUUCAGAUCUACCACCUCUUGGCACAUUUUCUGGCAAUGAGGUCCCUUCUCAGUUGGCUAGCAGUGGGCACAUAGUAAGACUUGAAUUUCAGUCAGAUCACUCUACCACUGGAAGAGGAUUUAAUAUCACUUACACAACUUUUGGUCAGAAUGAGUGCCAUGAUCCAGGCAUUCCUAUAAAUGGGAGGCGUUUUGGAGACAGAUUCCUUCUGGGAAGUUCUGUUUCCUUCCACUGUGAUGAUGGCUUUGUGAAGACCCAAGGCUCUGAAUCCAUAACAUGUAUUAUGCAAGAUGGAAAUGUAGUAUGGAGCUCUACUGUCCCACGUUGUGAAGCACCAUGUGGUGGACAUUUGACAGCAUCAAGUGGUGUUAUCUUACCACCAGGGUGGCCAGGAUAUUAUAAGGACUCACUUAAUUGUGAAUGGGUGAUUGAAGCAAGACCAGGACAUUCCAUUAAGAUCACUUUUGACAGAUUUCAGACUGAAGUUAAUUAUGAUACUUUGGAAGUCAGAGAUGGGCCAGCUAACUCGUCACCAUUAAUUGGAGAAUACCAUGGAACACAAGCACCCCAGUUCCUUAUCAGUACUGGAAAUUACAUGUAUCUGCUGUUCACUACAGACAACAGUCGCUCCAGCGUUGGUUUCCUAAUUCACUAUGAGAGUGUUACUCUGGAAUCAGAUUCCUGCCUCGACCCAGGGAUUCCUGUGAAUGGCCAUCGCCAUGGUAACAACUUUAAUAUCCGCUCCACCGUAACUUUUAGCUGUGAUCCAGGGUAUACACUCAGUGAUGAAGAACCACUCAUAUGUGAAAGAAACCAUCAGUGGAAUCAUGCAUUACCCAGCUGUGAUGCUUUAUGUGGUGGAUAUAUUCAUGGGAAGAGUGGAACAGUUCUUUCUCCAGGUUUUCCUGAUUUUUAUCCAAACUCUUUAAACUGCACUUGGACUAUUGAAGUGUCACAUGGCAAGGGUGUACAGCUGGUUUUUCAUACCUUUCACCUUGAGAGCUCUCAUGACUAUUUGCUCAUCACUGAAGAUGGCAGCUUCACAGAACCAGUAGCCAGGUUAACUGGCUCAGUCUUACCCCCUACAAUUAAAGCUGGCCUCUUUGGAAAUUUUACUGCACAGCUUCGAUUUAUAUCUGAUUUUUCAAUUUCUUAUGAAGGAUUCAACAUAACAUUUUCAGAGUAUGAUCUGGAGCCAUGUGAUGAUCCUGGUGUUCCUGCCUUCAGUAGGCGAAUUGGUUUUCAUUUUGGUGUUGGAGAUUCCUUGAUCUUUUCUUGUUUCCCUGGAUAUCGCCUGGAAGGUGCUAAUAAACUUACCUGCCUGGGAGGUGGUCGGCGUGUAUGGAGUGCACCUCUGCCAAGGUGUGUGGCUGAAUGUGGAGCAACUGUCUCUGCAAAUGAAGGAACCUUGCUGUCUCCAAAUUAUCCAUCUAAUUAUGACAACAACCAUGAAUGUAUCUAUAAAAUUGAAACAGAGGCUGGAAAAGGGAUCCAUCUCAGAGCCAGGAGCUUUCAGCUGCAUGAGGGAGAUAUUGUUAAGGUGUAUGAUGGAAAAGACAGUUCUUCACGCUCUUUGGGAUCCUUCACCAAAAAUGACAUGAUGGGAAUUAUCCUUAAUAGCACCUCUAACCAUUUGUGGAUAGAGUUUAAUACCAAUGGAUCUGAUACUGACCAAGGAUUUCAGCUCACUUACACAAGUUUUGACCUAGUGAAGUGUGAAGAUCCUGGCAUACCAAAUUAUGGCUACAAGAUCCGAGAUGAAGGACAUUUUAUAGACACUGUCAUUUUAUACAGCUGUAAUCCUGGCUAUACAAUGCAUGGUAGUAGUAUUAUGACCUGCUUAAGUGGAGAUCGAAGAGUUUGGGACAAACCUUUGCCUGCUUGCAUAGCUGAGUGUGGUGGUCGAAUUCAUGCUGCUACAUCGGGGCGCAUUUUGUCCCCUGGUUACCCAGCACCAUAUGACAACAAUCUUCAUUGCACUUGGAUUAUCGAAGCAGAUCCAGGAAAGACAAUAAGUCUGCAUUUUAUUGUUUUUGACACUGAGGUUGCUCAUGACAUCUUGAAGGUAUGGGAUGGGCCUAUUGAGAGCAGCAUACUUCUGAAAGAAUGGAGUGGCUCAGCCCUUCCAGAGGAUAUUCACAGUACUUUCAACUCAUUAACAUUACAAUUUGACAGUGAUUUCUUCAUCAGCAAAUCAGGCUUCUCCAUUCAGUUUUCAACUUCUAUCGCAUCAACCUGUAACGAUCCUGGGACACCACAGAAUGGCACUAGAUACGGAGACAGCAGAGAGCCUGGAGACACUACCACCUUUCAAUGUGACCCUGGCUACCAACUUCAAGGACAGGCUAAAAUUACAUGUGUGCAACUGAAUAACCGAUUCUUCUGGCAACCUGAUCCUCCUACAUGCAUAGCUGCAUGUGGAGGAAACCUGACAGGCCCGGCAGGAGUUAUCUUAUCACCUAACUAUCCACAGCCUUAUCCUCCUGGAAAAGAAUGUGACUGGAGAAUAAAAGUGAACCCUGACUUUGUCAUUGCCUUGAUAUUCAAAAGUUUCAGUAUGGAACCCAGUUAUGAUUUUCUACAUAUCUAUGAAGGGGAAGAUUCCAACAGUCCUCUAAUUGGGAGUUUUCAAGGCUCACAGGCUCCUGAAAGAAUAGAGAGCAGUGGUAACAGUCUGUUUCUGGCUUUUCGCAGUGAUGCUUCUGUUGGAAUGUCAGGAUUUGCCAUUGACUAUAAAGAAAAGCCACGGGAAGCUUGUUUUGAUCCUGGAAACAUCAUGAAUGGGACAAGAAUUGGAACAGACUUUAAGCUUGGUUCAACUAUUACUUACCAGUGUGAUUCUGGAUAUAAGAUUAUCGAUCCUUCAACUAUAACUUGUGUAAUUGGUGCAGAUGGAAAGCCAGCAUGGAACAGAGCAUUGCCUUCUUGUAAUGCACCAUGUGGAGGGCAGUAUACUGGAUCAGAGGGAGUGGUUUUAUCACCAAGUUAUCCUCAUAAUUACACUGCUGGACAGACUUGCCAUUAUUCAAUAACUGUACCUAAAGAAUUUGUUGUGUUUGGACAAUUUGCCUAUUUUCAGACAGCUUUGAAUGAUGUGGCAGAAUUAUUUGAUGGAGAAAACUCUCAGGCUAGACUUCUUAGUUCACUGUCUGGAUCCCACUCAGGAGAGACAUUGCCUUUGGCUACAUCUAAUCAAAUUCUUCUGCGAUUCAGUGCUAAGAGUGGGGCAUCAGCCAGGGGGUUCCACUUUGUUUACCAAGCUGUUCCACGCACAAGUGAUACGCAGUGUAGCUCAGUUCCAGAGCCUAGGUAUGGAAGGAGAAUCGGCUCUGAGUUUUCAGCAGGCUCUGUUGUUCGGUUUGAGUGUAGUCCUGGCUAUCUGCUACAAGGCUCAAAAGCUAUCCGAUGUCAGUCUGUACCUAAUGCCUUAGCUCAGUGGAAUGACACAGUACCAAGCUGUGUAGUGCCAUGCAGUGGGAAUUUUACUGAGCGGAGAGGUACUAUUCUUUCACCAGGUUACCCUGAACCUUAUGGUAACAGCUUGAAUUGUGUGUGGAAAAUCAUAGUGACUGAGGGAUCAGGUAUUCAGAUCCAGGUCAUCAGCUUUGCCACUGAACAUAAUUGGGAUUCUCUUGAAAUAUACGAUGGUGGAGAUAUGACAGCACCACGUCUUGGGAGCUUUUCAGGUACAACUGUGCCAGCAUUGUUGAAUAGCACUUCCAAUCAACUUUACCUGCAUUUUCACUCUGACAUUAGUGUGGCAGCAGCUGGUUUUCACCUGGAAUACAAAACUGUAGGCCUUGCUGCCUGUCCAGAACCAGUAAUUCCUAGCAAUGGGAUCAAAUCAGGAGAUAGAUAUAUGGUGAAUGAUGUUUUGUCAUUUCAGUGUGAGCCAGGAUAUACAUUACAGGGCCGUUCUCAUAUUUCUUGCAUGCCAGGAACAGUUCGACGCUGGAACUAUCCAUCUCCUCUCUGCAUUGCUAAAUGUGGUGGAACACUGACAAACAUGGGUGGUGUGAUCCUGAGCCCAGGUUUUCCUGGAAAUUACCCUAGUAACUUAGACUGUACAUGGAAAAUUUUAUUGCCUAUUGGAUAUGGUGCACACAUUCAGUUUCUGAAUUUCUCUACUGAAGCAAAUCAUGAUUUCCUUGAAAUUCAGAAUGGGCCUUACCACACCAGCUCUAUGAUUGGCCAGUUUAGUGGAACAGAACUCCCAUCACCCUUACUAAGUACCACUCAUGAAACACUGGUCCAUUUUUACAGUGAUCACUCAGAAAACAGGCAAGGAUUUAAGUUGACAUACCAAGCUUACGAGUUACAGAACUGCCCUGAUCCUCCUCCUUUUUUGAACGGAUAUAUAGUCAACUCCGAUUACAGUGUGGGUCAGUCGGUAUCAUUUGAAUGCUAUCCUGGGUAUGUUUUGAGGGGUCAGCCUGUUCUCACAUGCCAGCAUGGAAUCAACAGAAAUUGGAACUAUCAUUUCCCCAGAUGCGAAGCUCCUUGUGGCUAUAAUGUGACUGCUCAGAAUGGUACAGUUUAUUCCCCAGGAUUUCCAGAUGAAUACCCAAAUUCCAAGGACUGUACUUGGUUAAUUAUUGUACCUCCAGGCCAUGGGAUUUAUAUCAACUUUACCUUACUCCAGACUGAACCUGUGAAUGACUACAUUGCAGUUUGGGAUGGUCCUGACCAUAAUUCGCCUCAGCUGGGAGUUUUCAGUGGAAACACAGCUCUGGAAACAGCUUACAGUUCCACCAAUCAAGUCCUCCUCAAAUUUCACAGUGAUUUUUCAACAGGAGGAUUCUUUGUCCUCAAUUUUCAUGCUUAUCAGCUGAAGAAGUGCCAGCCUCCACCCACAGUUCCACAUGCAGAUUUGUUUACAGAAGAUGAUGACUUUGAAAUAGGAGAUUUUGUGAAGUACAAGUGCCAUCCUGGUUUCACCCUUGUUGGACAAGAUAUAUUAACCUGCAAACUGAAUGCACAGUUGCAGUUUGAAGGAUCCUCUCCAUUUUGUGAAGCACAAUGUCCAGCAAAUGAAAUCCGUACAGAAUCAUCAGGAGUGAUCCUCAGUCCAGGUUACCCAGGCACCUAUCCCAAUUCUCAGACCUGUUCUUGGACUAUAAAGGUUGAGCCAGGAUAUAACAUCUCCAUCUUUGUAGAAAUGUUUCAAAGUGAAAAGCAAUUUGAUGAGCUGGAGGUAUUCGACGGUUCUUCUGGGCAAAGCCCUUUACUGGUUGCUUUAAGUGGAAAUCAUACCGGACAACUGAACUUUACAAGCAAAAUGAAUCAGCUGUAUCUUCGCUGGUCAACUGAUCAUGCAACCAGCAAGAAAGGAUUCAAGAUCCGUUACUCAGCUCCCUAUUGCAGCUUAAACCCUAUCUUGAGAAACGGUGGAAUUGUAAAUAAAACAGGUGGUCCCGCUGGAAGUAAAGUUCGCUAUUACUGCAAACCUGGGUAUAGAAUGAUUGGUCACAAUAAUGCGACAUGCAGGCGUCACCAAAAUGGCAUGUACCAGUGGGAUUCUCCUGUGCCAAUCUGCCAUGCUGUGUCUUGUGGUAUUCCUGACUCCCCUGGGAAUGGUUCAGUUAUAGGUAAUGAAUUCACUUUGGGCAGUAGAUUGAUAUAUGAAUGUAAUGAGGGCUUCAAGCUAGAAUCCAGUCAACAAGCAACAGCAGUGUGUCAAGAAGAUGGAUUAUGGAGCAACAAAGGGAGGCCACCUGUUUGCAAAUCUGUAACUUGUCCCAGCAUAGAGACUCUGCUCUCAGAACAUGUUGUCUGGAGACUGAUUUCUGGGUCACUGAAUGAGUAUGGAGCUCAAGUCAUGCUCAGCUGCAGUCCUGGAUAUUACUUAUUGGGUCGAAGACUCAUACAGUGCCGGACUAAUGGAACCUGGAGCAUAGGCAAUGAAAGGCCAAGUUGUAAGGUUAUCUCCUGUGGUGGUCUUCCAUCUCCACCAAAUGGAAAUAAGAUUGGAACCUUAACAGUGUAUGGAGCUACUGCAAUAUUCACCUGUAACACAGGAUACACAUUAGUUGGUUCUCAUGUGAGAGAAUGCUUGGCAAACGGUCUCUGGAGUGGCACUGAAACCCAAUGCCUAGCUGGUCACUGUGGUUCUCCGGACCCAAUUGUAAAUGGUCAUAUUAGUGGAGAUGGUUUCAGUUAUCGUGAUACCGUAGUCUACCAGUGUAAUCCUGGCUUUCGACUUGUUGGUACAUCUGUCAGAAUUUGCCUACAGGAUCACAAGUGGUCUGGACAAACUCCUGUUUGUGUCCCAAUCACAUGUGGACAUCCUGGGAAUCCAGCUCAUGGAAUGACUAAUGGCAGUGAGUUCAAUCUAAAUGAUGUUGUAAAUUUUACUUGCAACACUGGGUAUUUACUUCAGGGUGCUUCUCGAGCACAGUGCCGAAGCAAUGGGCAGUGGAGUAGCCCUUUACCCAACUGCCGAGUGGUGAACUGUUCUGAUCCUGGCUUUGUGGAAAAUGCAAUUCGGCACGGACAGCAGAAUUAUCCUGAAAGUUUCAAGUAUGGAACAAGUGUGGCAUACCAUUGCAAGAAGGGCUUUUAUCUGUUGGGCUCAUCUGCUUUGACCUGUAAAGCUACUGGCUUAUGGGAUAGGUCACUACCAAAGUGUUUGUCCAUUUCUUGUGGACAUCCUGGGGUACCUGCCAAUGCAGUUCUUUCAGGAGACAAAUUUACAUAUGGCUCCAUAAUUCACUAUUCUUGCACAGCGGGUCGAAGACUGAUAGGAAAUUCUACUAGGGAGGGCCCAGAAGAUAGCCACUGG